CAUUGUCAGUGUCAUCAUAAAUAGGCAAAGCCACUCUCUUCGUCUUCGUCUGGCGCAGGAACAUGCAACCUUCCAAAUCUGAGAGAAAAAACAAGUGUGAGAGCAAGUCUCUGUGUGGUUGAAAACAAAGAACAGUAAAAGCUAUAAGCUUCAGCAGCAGAUAGAAGAGUCAUGGGAAGUUUUUCACAACUCUCCUCUGCAGUUGCCAGAAGGUUAGAAGGGAAGGUGGCGUUGAUCACAGGUGGAGCAAGUGGCAUAGGGGAGUGUACGGCGAGACUCUUGGCCAAACAUGGAGCCAGAGUAGUGAUCGCCGAUAUCCAAGACGAGUUAGGUCACUCAGUUUCCAAGGACAUAGACUCUUCCAUCUACGUUCACUGCGACGUCACAAAAGAGGAACACGUGGAACGAGCCGUGGACACCGCCGUUUCUAGGUUCGGGAAACUAGACAUCAUGCACAGCAAUGCAGGGAUCACAGGAGUGUGGAACCCCAGCAUUAUGCACAACAAAAAGUCCGAUUUUGAGGAAGUAAUUAACGUCAACUUGGUCGGCGUCUUCCUCGGAAUGAAGCAUGCGGCGAGGGUAAUGGCGCCUUCCCGACGUGGCAGCAUAAUCGCCACCGCGAGCGUGUGUGGUCGCAUAGGUGGCAUGGCUUCGCACGCUUACACGUGCUCGAAGCAUGGCGUUGUGGGGCUGGUGCGAAACGCUGCAGUGGAGCUUGGACCCUUGGGAAUACGUGUGAAUUGUGUGUCUCCUUACGCGGUUCCAACGGCGAUGAGUAAGAAUUUUCUGAACACUGAUGAUGAGGGGAUUGCUGCACUUUAUUCCAAUCUGAAAGGUGUUACUCUGAAACCUGAAGACGUGGCUGAAGCUGUGGUUUACUUGGCGAGUGAUGAGUCAAAGUAUAUCAGUGGGCAUGACCUUGUUGUCGAUGGAGGCUUCAGUGUGAUGAAUGCUGGUUUGUGUUCGUUUGGGCAAUCGGUGUAGGGUUCUUUUAUUCUUGUGGAUUUUGUUGUUUGCAUUGAAUAACAUUCAUCACCGUACUUCGUUAAGUUAUGGUUGUAAUGGAACAUAAAGUGAUCGAGGGUAACUACCUUGUCUCCUUUACGAUGAAUAUUAUGUUUGUGUUCCUCUUUGACUACUA